UCGCUGCUUUUAAUCUUCACGGUUAUGGUCACUAGAUCGGUGCAGCUGGGGGUGAUAGGAAAGCAUGUCGAGAUGAUAGAAGACCAAUCUGUCGUACCGCACGCCCUCAAGCUGAUCUAUAUUGGAUUUGUGAUUGUCAUCGUGGGCUGUGUUCUUAGCAAGACCUCGUUUGCCAUCACUCUCCUGCGCAUCGUAACCCGGACGUGGAUGAAAGUGCUGCUGUGGUUUAUUAUCAUCACGAUGAACGCGAUCAUGUGGCUCUGCGCCAUGUGCUAUCUUCUUCAAUGCAGGCCGGCGGCUGCAUUGUGGAACACAAAACUCAUGGCUACGGCUAGCUGCUGGCCGACCGCGGUGUUCGAGACGAUUGCGCUCACAGCUGGCGCGUACUCUGGAUGUAUGGAUUUCAUUCUUGCGCUUCUCCCCUGGGUGCUACUAUGGAAUCUACAGAUGAAACGUCGUGAGAAGUUCGGUAUUGCCAUUGCCAUGAGCAUGGGUGUCUUCGCAGCGGCAACUGCGUUCAUCAAGACCUCCAAGCUCGUCAACGUAUCCCAGGUUCAAGACUUUACAUGCAAGGCCGCCCCUUCUAAAUGA